CACUGGCGAUUCUUAAGCAAUGUGGGGUUUUAUUUUUGUUUUUACCAAACAGCUGACGGAAUUCUUAUCAAGAAAUUUUGUAUUUUUAAUGCUGCGGCGCACAAUGGCGGAGUUUGAUAUAAAGGGCGGUCUUCAGAACGUGUGGAAGCGAAUUGACGAGGUGCUCCUGCACCGGUCCCAGGAUAUCAAAACUGCGAGACCUGUUCUCGUCGCUGUGAGCAAAACAAAACCAGCGGAUGCAGUUAUCGAAGCGUAUCAAGCUGGACAAAGGGACUUUGGAGAAAACUAUGUUCAGGAGCUGGAGGAAAAGAGCCGGCACCCGGAUAUCGUGGCCCAGUGCCCUGACAUUAGGUGGCACUUUAUCGGUCACAUGCAGAGCAACAAAAUAAACAAGGUUCUGGCUGUGCCCAAUCUGUACAUGAUCCAAACUGUGGACAGCCAAAAACUAGCCACCAAACUCGAUGCAGCCUGGUCAAAAGUGCAGCCACCAAAGGAUGAACCCUUGAAAGUGCUCAUCCAGAUCAACACAAGCGGCGAAGAUGUAAAAAGUGGAAUCGAACCGAAAGAAGCACCUGCCCUAUUCGAAUUUAUCAAGAGCAACUUGAAGCACCUGAAACUGAUGGGCAUCAUGACCAUUGGCGCCUAUGGCUUUGACUACAGCAACGGUCCCAAUCCGGAUUUUGUGUCCCUUAUGCAAGUGCACCGCUCCAUAUGCGAGGGCAAUUCAUUGGCUCCCGAGUCCGUACUUGUGUCCAUGGGCAUGUCGAACGACUACGACAGGGCGAUCGAGAUGGGCAGCACGGUUGUGCGGGUGGGCACAUCUAUUUUCGGCUAUCGGGCGGCCAAGGCGUGAGGUGGUUCUGAGGAUGAAGAAAGAGGCAGGAAUGCGCGGCAGGCGCCCAAUACAGUUGUUUCCCAAUGACGUCCGACCUCCCAUCUGAGCAGCCUCCAAGUUCGCAUGUGUAUCAGGUGGAAAUGUGUAUACCCAUACACAUACCCACAUACAUACGCAGUUGAUGAUUGAAGAUGAUUUGGCGUUUAUAUUUAGAAAAUGUUGAAAUAAACAAAACUUAUGUAUAGGCUAUUAUAUCCUCUGUUCGAUUGUUGCCCUCUCCAUAAACAACACCUACAUUUCCAAAAUGUCAGAUCCAUUAAUAUAAGUUGUAUACUGUUUAAAGCUCAAUAACAGUUUUCAUUAAUUUUAA